AGGAAAUAUUAUCAUAUAGUAUUUAUUACAUGUCUAUUUUAGUUGAUGACAAAUGAUAUUGGCCGACCUGCGCAGAUUUCAAACAUUGUGGAAGAAGACAAGUAACCACUAAUAAGAAAAAUUUUCUUAAAGAAAGUAAUACAUAUUGGAAAAUGGCAAGCAUGGAAGGCAAUAAUAGAAGGAUUACCGAAAAAAUCGGUUUUAUUGGUGGCGGAAAUAUGGCCAAAGCUAUAUGCGAAGGCAUAGUUUCUCAAGGUCUGAUAAGUUAUUCGCAAGUAUAUGUAUCAACGUUAAGGUCAGAAAGUGUGGAUGUUUGGAUACAAAAGGGGGCAAACGGUACUACUUGUAAUGGAACUGUUGUUGAAGAAGCAGAUGUCAUUUUUCUAGCAGUAAAACCUCAUAUUCUUCCUGAAGCAAUUGCUAGCAUAAUGGAUUACAACAAUAGAAAAGAUAAGCCUAUGAAGUCAAAAUUGUUUGUGUCUGUACUGGCUGGUAUUACAAUUUCUCAGCUUGAGCGAGCAUUUGCUUUUAUGGAAAAUAGGAUAAUUAGAGUUAUGCCAAAUACUCCAAUGAUGGUGGGUGAAGGAUGUACUGUAUUUUGUCCAGGUCAAAGGGCUACUCCUGGGGAUAUUAUAUUGGUGAAAUCAAUACUGGAGGUUUCUGGUGUCUGUAAACAGGUGCCAGAAUCCUUAAUCAAUGCAGUGGGAGCAUUAGCUGGUAGCGGACCAGCUUAUGUUUAUUUGGUUAUUGAAGCACUAGCAGAUGGGGGUGUGAAAAUGGGAAUUCCCAGAGAAAUGUCAGUACAAUUUGCAGCACAGACUGUUUUGGGAGCUGCCAAAAUGGUAUUGGAAUCUGGUAAACACACUGGUCAGCUGAAAGAUGAAGUUUGUUCUCCAGGAGGUACAACUAUUACUGGAAUCCACGCUCUAGAAAGAGGCGGUGUUAGGGCUGCACUAAUAGAUGCCGUUGAAGCUGCUGCUAAAAAAUCGGCGGAAUUAGGUGAAAAGAAACCCCAGUAAUAAUGUUAACAAAUACUUAGUAAUAUUAGAUAUUCCAAAUAAUUUUAUUAGUAUUAGAUAUGGAUCAUUGUCAAAAUAACUUAAUAACUAAGGACAGUAAAAUUUUAUUUAUCAUUUUUUUUAAUUAUUUGGACAUUAAAAAUCAUCUUCACAUAUCAGACCAAGUGUUUUAUACCAUCUAUUGUUAGUAAAUUAUGGAAACACAACCAAAAUAAUGAGUAUGUAUCAAUAUCUUGUACAAUUGGUACUUACAAUUAAGAAUGCUUGAAUGACAAUACAUUAUAGAUUUCAAUAAUAUCUUUAGGGAAAGUAAAUGUGGCAAUAUGAAAUGUCUUAAAUAUUGUUUAACCAAUAAUCAGUAUAAUCUAGUAAUAUCAUUACAUUUUCAUUCUUUCAUUAUUGUUAACACAUGUGUAAUAUUUGUAUAUAUUAUUAUUAUUAAGACAUUUAAGCAAUAUGUGUAUAGGUAGACUGGAAAGUUUGUUACAAAUAAAUAUUAUUUAAAAUCUAAAA